AGCGGAGCUAGUGACACAGCCGCGGCAGCAGCCACACUGAAUGGGAAUGACUGAUGCAAAGCAGAAUCGCCAUUGCAAAAAAGGCAGAGCUGAGAACAGCAAGAGCUCACCUCGGGCUGCCCGGGAUUAUUCUUGCGCAGCCAGUUGGCUGAGGCGAAGCCGUCUUCAGAAUCACCUCCCUAUGUAAUGUACCGAAAAACCGUCAUCGUAUAGUGGCAUCAUGAGGGGAAGACACGUUUUCGUGGCUGCGCUGUACAUGCUGGCACACCUUCGUACCAUAGGAUGCUUCUCUGGAGAUGAUGAUCCUUUCGGGACAGUUCAUCAGCAUGAGCCCAAGAAGCCAUUUAUUUUCUAUCAGGAUACCGAGGACAGUGAUGGAGCCUUGGGUCUGGAUGAUAUUGAUAAACCCAGAAACAUUUUCCACUCAGCCUCAACUGCAAGGAUCAACAAACUACGGCCAGAAUUGUUCCUGAAGACAUCCUUCCGGAAAGCUGCCAACGAUCUAACAGUCAAUUUGUUAGCGAGGACCGAUGAAGACUUGGAGAUUGAAAAUGUACCUCUGCCUUCUCAGGAUGUCAUUGUUGUGAAGCUACAAUUGGAUAUUCACAAACUGAACAUUACACUGCUACAGAAGUUUCGAGAUGGCAUUGCCGCAGCCCUGGAUGUCUCCCCUCAGCAAGUGCACAUAAAUCGCCUUAAUAAAAGAAAGAACUGCAUUGAGCUAUACGUUUCCCCUCCUCCGGAUAAGCCUGGCAUGAUGGACCCCAUGCCUUCUGAUGAAGUAAUCCGCUCCCUCAACAUCAACAUUCUUCACCGGAGUCUAUUCCAGUUUGGCAUCACGGAGGUGACCACUGAGAAGAACGUUCUGCAGGGACAGCAUGAGAGGGACAGAGUGUGGACCAAGGAAGGAUUCUACGCCAUGGUCAUAUUCCUCACCAUCUUUGUGAUAAUCAUCACCUGUCUCAUGGUCCUGUACAGACUCAAAGAGAAAAUUGAGUUUCCUGAGCGGCAGUUUAAGGAGCAAAACCGAGAAAUCCACUUGGCACCCAUCCCUAUCCAGACCAAAAAGGCAGAAGUAAAAAUAGCCAACAGCAUGGUACAGCCCGAACCUACGGCCAGAGAAGACACCCUGUGCCAGUCCGUGCCCGACAUCAAGCCCUGUCUGUCUGCCAGCCCAUCGCCAUUCAGAAUGAAGCCCGCCGGUCUGCAGGAAAGACGAGGCUCAAAUGUCUCUCUCACCCUGGACAUGAGUGCCUUGGGAAGCGUAGAGCCCUUCGCUUCUGUGCCAACACCUCGUGAGAAAGUUACUGUGGAAUACUUGCUGUCAGCCCACAGGGUCCUGAGCCACCAGCAGUUGCGGGAGGUGGUUGCCAACACCCAGUCACUGCACUCGGAAUUUGCGGAAAUUCCCAUGAACUUUGUUGACCCCAAAGAGCUGGACAUUCCAAGUCAUCGGACGAAAAACCGCUACACCAGCAUCCUGCCAAAUCCACGGACUAGAGUGCGUCUGAAAAAUAAGGCUGAGAGCGACCCACUGGCCAGUUACAUAAAUGCUAAUUAUAUCAGGGGCUACAUGAACAAAGAGAAGGCAUUCAUUGCCACACAAGGACCAAUGAUAAACACAGUGAAUGACUUUUGGCAGAUGAUCUGGCAGGAGGAUGUGCCUAUUAUUGUCAUGAUCACAAAACUGAAGGAAAAAAACGAGAAAUGUGUGCUGUACUGGCCAGAGAAAAGAGGCAUCUACGGGAAGGUGGAGGUGCUUGUCAACAACGUUCAAGAAUGCGACCAUUACACCAUUCGGACCCUGACUCUAAAGCAAGGGGGCCAAAGUCAAACUGUGAAGCACUACUGGUACACCUCGUGGCCUGACCAUAAGACACCUGACAGCGCAUACCCGCUGUUGCAACUCAUGGCCGAAGUAGAGGAUGAUCAGAAAACUGCAGCUGACAGAGGUCCUGUAGUUGUUCACUGCAGUGCUGGUAUUGGAAGGACUGGCUGCUUCAUUGCUGCCUCCAUUGGAUGCCAACAGCUGAAGCAGGAAGGAGUUGUUGAUGUGCUCUCCAUUGUGUGCCGACUUCGGAUGGACAGAGGAGGCAUGAUUCAGACUGGCGAGCAGUAUGAAUUUGUCCACCACGCCUUGAAUCUCUACGAAUGCAGUCUUUGCUCUGAAGAUGGCCAAUAAACUCACCAGGAGUGGUUUGCAUAUGGACUGUAUUUUUUUCAUUGAAGCAACUAACAAGGUACCUGUGUUACCUGCUGUUGGCAACUUGUCAAAACAAGGAGAGCUGCAGUGAAAUGUCACUGUGAUUAACUUCUGUGGCAUAUUAACUGAACACUAGAUUUUUUGAGUGGAAAAAGUCUGCAUCUCUGUCAAUGAAUGUACUUUUUCACAGCAGUUGCAUCUGCUUGUAUGAUUGUGUAUAUUCUGAUCGUGUAUCUUUACCAGAAAAUGAAAUUUGGUGGGAUCUGUAACUUUUGUGAUGGAUUACUAGCUACCAGUUACAUUUCCAAUUCUACUUUUGUGCAAUCUACUUUCUAAUUUGAACAUCUUUUGUGUGGUGAGCUGACAUAUUAAUAUGUAUGCAGGUCAAUUUUUGGAAUGUAUCUAUUGCUCAAAUACUUUCAACCAGACUGUUUGAAACCACAUCAGGGUUUUGCUAAAAGAAUAAUAGAUUUGACAAUAAUGGUAAAGAAACUUUGGCAGAAAACCUGUUUCAGUUGUACUAGAGGUCUGUGGGCUAGUAAUGAAAGGCUGCCUUUUGGUGACAUAUAAUAUUUAGUCUCAAUCAGUAAAACUGUGUAUUUAAUGCCAUAUUUAUUAAGUAAAAGAAUAAACAGAAGUGAAAUUCUACUAUUGACAAGUCCAGUUUGGCCACUGACCCACUGUGGUCUAAUCAUCAGAAUAUGAAAUCCAUAGAACUCUAAAGGAAAAGUAAUUACAUUUAUAGCUCUUUGGUAAAAGAUUCUAUACACAUAUACUGUCCAGUACUCUGCAUUUAUCAAAGCAUAGGUAAAUGGGAACUGUUUGUCUCGGCAAUGGCAAAGUGAAAAUAAGCAAGCAAAGUAAAAAUAAAUAAAACUGUCAAAUAUUAAAAUAUUUACAGAACUACAGUGAGUGAGUUGAUGAAGAAGAAUAUAAAAGCUUACAUGAUAGUACUCAUUUAAAUGCCAAAAAGGGUUUUUAUGUUCCCCUCUUUGUAAUUCAAUUCUAUUAUGUUCAGUGCUACAUUUUUGAUGUAGCAUUUAACUGCAAGCACAGACUACUGUAGUGAACAAUUGACACAACAUGAUCAGUACUUUUGAAUUUACGGUAGUUCACUUUUGAAGUCUAUUCACUUGGACUCUACCUCAUUGGUUCAUGUCACUCAUGAUUUAUUUUGAAAAAUUAAAUGGCUACAACUGAUGGUUAUUUUUUCAAGGUCAAUCAAAUUUAAGGUGCUAGUCCACUUCAUUAAGAGCUUUACAAACCCCCUUUAUGCUAAGUGAACCCUUCUAUUAAAAAUUCAACAUUUUUAAUUAGUUGAGCAUUCAUUAUCAUUCAAAAUAAUCUAUAAUGUACAUUUCUUCUUAUAUAAACAUCCGUGAAGCAGGAUGGGUAUUACUGUUCUGGUGACACAUCUGCCUGAUUUCAGUUUCGCUCGAUAUACUGUAUACUAUACUGUAUAUGUGAAGAAUAUUUAAAAUACUGUACUUUCUAGCUCUGUCAUUACAUGGGUUUGCACUACAGCCUGCUGUGUGAUAGUUGGGUUUGUCUUUAAGCUUAUGAGAGUUUGUCUAUUAAUGUCCCAGUGUGCUUCAGUUUCUGUAUUAUGAAUGAAAACGUACACAGUUACAAGUGCUAUUAUAAAUUAUGUGGCCAUUCAUAAUUCUCGGCCACAUAAAAUUCUUGCUGCUGAAACUGCAAGUAUUUUAACUUUAUCUCAGAAAAACAAAACCAACAAAGGAAAAAUCUGAUUGUGAUAUAAUUAAAGAGUUUUUUGAAAUGACAAUUUUUAUAUGUAAAAAUUUUCUUUUUUAUUUGUGAUACAAACUUUUAAAAUAAUGUGUCUCUUGUUCUUGGAUAAGCAACUCAGCUGCAAUACAUAAAUGUUGAUAUUUAUAAACAUGUUACUGUUGUCUGUCUUUGGUUUCAGACAGUAUGCUGUAUAUUGUAGUAUGUGUGCUCUGUAGUUACAAAUGUUUGGCAUAUUCUAAGGAUUUUAUUAAAUAUUAUUACUUGAAAUGAAUGUUGUGAAAUCCUGAAAAACUAUAUACAUAUAUAUAAAUAUAUAUAUAAAUAUAUAUCUAUCUAUUUAUAAUACUGUACAUAAAUAUGCCUUGAUAAAAUAAAAUAAAUACAGCAGAACUGAAACAUAAUGCUCCUUGUGGUUUCAUAGUGAAACACUUAGUGAUGUAGUCUUGUGAAGCAAUCUGUUAUUUCUAUAUACAUUGAGUAGGGCAGUUUAAUUAUGUGUGCAUACCUUGGACUGUUAUCUCUUGGUGUUAACCUUACAUUCAAAAAUGCCAAUAAAUUUCUGUUAUUUUUGAAAUAAU